CUUUCAAGUACGUUGGGUAUGGUCCCUCCUCUUUAAGGUUUCUCAUCAAACACCUUUAUCCAAAAAACAAUUAAUGGCACCUUUGCAUCACAAAGUUGUUUUGUUUCUCACUUUGUUGUUCCUUGCCGCGGAUGCCCAACCAAGGUUUCACAGGACAAUUCCUUUCCCUGCUUCAGCAGUUGAAGAGGCGAAAGUUGUUUUACAGCAUAUGAAAGGCAAGCCUGAUUUUGAAACAGAUUAUAUGGGGAACUGGGAUUUGAUCAAUCCGAACUCUGGUGUAUCUGCCAUGCAUGUCAAUUUGAUGCCAACUAACAAGGUCAUUGUCUAUGAUACCAAUGUUUACCGUACUUCUAGACUCCAGUAUCCAAAUGGGAUGCCCUGUGUUACAUUCUUUGAUCAGAACCUUAAAAAAGAUGUACCAGAUUGUUUUGCUCAUGCAAUGGAAUACGACAUUGAGACAAACCAAGUUAGAGCACUCACGGUAAAGACAGAUCCAUGGUGCUCAUGUGGAGGACUUUCACCUGACGGUACACUAAUCGUUGCUGGUGGCUUCGCAGACGGAGGGAAAACCUCUAGAUACUAUGGUGGUCCACCUAAUUGCCAAAACUGUGAUUGGAGGGAAUACCCCAAUAAAUUUCUAGAGGAAAGAUGGUAUGCAACUCAAAUAAUUCUUCCCAACGGAGAGUUCAUUGUGAUAGGAGGGCGCAGAGCUUUCAGCUAUGAGUUUUUUCCAAAGGAAUCGGCACCUAGUUCGAGAUCAUACUUUUUCCCAUUCCUCUACGAGACCUCAGACAUUGACGAGAACAACCUUUACCCUUUUGUCCACCUUAUCACUGACGGCAACCUCUUCGUCUUUGCCAACAACCGUUCCCUCCUCCUAAACCCUAACACCAACAAAGUGAUUCGCACAUACCCUAUCCUCCCAGGGGGUUCUCGAAACUACCCGGCUUCGGGCAUGUCAGCGAUCCUCCCCAUAAAACUCCAAGGCACUGAGCUCAAUAGCACAUCCAUUAAGAUUGAGGUCAUUGUAUGUGGUGGCAACACUUAUGACGGUUUCCACCAAGCCGAGACUAAAAAGAUCUUCUUGCCAGCUCUCAAAGACUGCGGUAGAAUGGUGGUGACGGAUCCUAACGCUCAGUGGGUCACUGAAGAGAUGCCUUCAGGGAGAUGCAUGGGGGAUUGUCUUGUCCUCCCUAAUGGACAACUCUUGUUCAUCAAUGGUGCACAGAAGGGCACAGCUGCAUGGUGGGAUGCUGAUGACCCUAACUUCACACCAGUGUUGUAUUGGCCAGAAAAACCUAAUGGCCAAAGGUUUAAGGUGUUGACGCCUUCAACAAUAGCUAGAAUGUACCACUCAAGCUCAGCAGUGCUUCCUAGUGGCAAAAUUUGGGUCGGUGGUAGCAACCCCCAUGAUACUUACAAGGACGUCGACAAGUUCCCUACUGAGACUAGGGUUGAGGCCUUCUCCCCUCCUUACUUGGACCCAGCUAUGGACAAAGUUCGACCCCAAAUUGUUGAGGAAUCUUCCGAGAAGAAUUUGACGUAUGGAGUCAACUUUGAAACUCAAUUCAAAAUUCAAGAUAUGAAUCAGAGUUUGACCAAGCGUGACAUUAAGGUCACCUUGUAUUUUCCACCUUUCACUACUCAUGGCUACUCCAUGAAUCAGAGGCUCUUGGUUCUCACCGCUUUAACUCUUACAACAUCCCAAGGGAUUUACACAGUUACGUCCAAGGCACCGCCAUUUCGCGAGGUGGCUCCACCUGGACAUUACUUGCUCUUUGUUGUUCACCGUAGGAUACCUGGCAAAGCAAUGUGGGUCCAUAUUGAAUAGGUUGUGUAUUCUACGCUUAUUACUAGCCCAAUUUCAAGGUUACAUGUACAGAUUCUUUUUAAAGCUUUUAUUUUUUAUUUUUAUUAUUCUUAUUAUAGGAAUUCCUCAUUUUGGAUGUACCUUACCAAAACUGGAGGAAAAUAUGGUGGUGUUAUUAACGCACUAUUUUUUGUCAUAUACAAAAAAACUAUUUUAGUCCAUGUACAAAAUAAUUAGUUUGCCAAUUCCACAUGUCACAUCAUGUAAAAGGAGAGUCAUUCAAGUAAGGAACAUGAUUUAACUUUAUAA